CUCGUUCCCCCGCUUUCAGGUACAGACAUGCUCUUUUUUCUUACAUCGGAUCUCCAGAAUUUCUGCUUGCGCUCAAAAUGUCUAGAUGCAUACCAGAGAUCAAUUUUGCCCCGUAUCUUGUCGAUGCCACAUCGUUGGAGGGUCGAGAGACUAUCCAAGCCAUUUACGAUGCGGUUUCUUCAUGGGGGUUUUUCUUGCUAACUAACACACCGGUAACACAAAACCAGCAGACAGCGUUGCUGAACUCGGCGAAACAGUUCUUCGAUCUCCCAAUGGAAAAAAAGGUUGCCUUGGAUGUUGCAAACGGAGGCGUCGCUUGGCGAGGUUAUAUGCCUCUUGGAGGGGAAUACACUCAUGGUCGCCAAGAUUGGAAAGAAGGGUUUUAUGUCGGACCAGAGCACGAAGACGACCACGCACUUACAGGCAUGCCUCUACAUGGACGGAAUCAGUUUCCUGACGCUGAUCUUCCAAGCAUGCGUAACGACGUCUUGAAAUAUCUCGAGCAAGUUAGUGAGCUUGGUAAGAUGCUGACUGAAGUUCUGUCUCUGGGCUUAAAGCUGGAGAAAAAUGAAUUGCGUCGUGCAUGGCUGGAGCCUGAGCCAAUAUUGUUGUUUCGGUGCUUCAAAUAUUCACCCUUGCUAGAGGCUACAGAAUCUCAGAGUCUCAAAGAGAGCUUUGGAAUUGGAGAACACACAGAUUUCGGGUAUCUGACCAUAUUGAAAGUUGACUCUCCUGGUCUUCAGAUUCUUUCCCCAUCUGAUGAAUGGGUAGACGUGCCUGUCAUUGAGAACGCAUUUAUUGUUAACGUGGGCGACAUGUUAGAUCAACUUACCCACGGUCGCUUUCGCUCGCGGCCACACCGCGUGCAGCGACCCAAAUCCGUAUCUCCUCCCCGAUACUCUUUCCCUCUUUUCUUUGACUUUGCUUGGAACACGAAGAUGCAACGUCUAUCGCUUGACCAUUUGCCUCCGCUCACAGCUGAGGAACAAGAAUUGGCGCGCAAGCGGUGGGCAAAUACGAGCUUCCGGAAGGUUGAGGGCACUUGGGCACAGUAUCUUGCAAAAAAGGUACAAAAAGUGUUUCCAGAUCUUAAUCUUCCAGACUUUGAGCCAAAUAAAGCACCAUCAACAAGAUUUACUAGAGUAGUAAAAGCUUAGAGUCUGAAGCGGGGCGUGACCAAGUCUUUGUGGAAUGUUGAUGGUGGUGUCUGAGCAUUGUAUUUCCAUUUAAUGAGUGAUGAGUGCUUUUAUUAGUUACACUUGCUAUGAUAUCAAACCUAUUCAAUUAAAUAGAAGCUAUUCUAUACUUCUAUCUGAGCCGGUCUUC